GCAUAACAGCGUUAAAUGUUUACGUGUGAAUGGCGUUGGAGCAUCUAUUGUAUGCACAGAGCCAUCUAUUGAAGAAGAAAAAGCGUUAAAUGUUUCUUUUCGAUUUCCAGUCUUUUAAUAUUCAUACAUUUACUCAUUGACUAGCCGAAUCAUAAAACGUAUUUGCAGUAUGAGGCUCUCGGUUGUAUACGUUCCCCCCUCCCUGCCCCAUUACGAUUUAUUCAAAGCCAUCUCUAUUCUGGUAUCACUGCCUGUCAGUCAAAGCGUGAACAUGGCCGUCAUGGGAUCGAUAGAGGAACGUGAAGAUUGAAUUUAUCCCAUGUCUUCGCGUUUGCGACUUCUCGCGGGACGUGCCCUCGCGAUUGUCGCCUGUAAACCGACGACAUCAUCGAAUGUGGCACAGACACAAGAGAGCAGAUCAUUCUGUGCAUCUAUACGACUGCGCACCACCACCGACGCCGUUCAGCUGAUCGGUGUGACAGGUGAAAGUGUUCCGGAUAGCUGUCGAGCCGUGAAGACGCGAGGCUGACUCACGUUUAACACAAUGCACCGGGCCAGAUGGCUCGCUUGUGGGGAGAGAUCAGCCGUAUCGAAAGUUCCUAAUGUAAACCUAGUUUUCAGAUUUUUCCUUUCUCUUUGGCUAUGCACACUUUAAUAGUGCUUACAUAAUUCUUGCUGCAGCGUGUGUCAUAAGUAUCUACUGAUGCCCAUUGAAGACAGACAGCUGUGGCUCUAACAUGCACGUUUGGAAUUUUCUUCCUUUAUCAUAUACUCAUGGUGGGGUAAUACAACCACAUCUGUAACAUGAAGCUGGAAUUGAAAGCCCUUUGUUUAGUGUUACACAUGGUGCAACAUUUUCUGUGUAACGAUCUGCAUAGCCUAUAGUUUGGGUGUAUGCCACAUUCGAUACUCAACGGGGGAGAAACUUUGUCUUUAACAACAGUGAUUUUAAUAUGGACGGUUUGCAACUUGUUCUGGUUGCCGUUGUUACAUUCAUCUGCGGUAUAAUAUGUACCCUAGCAUUGGAGUUUCAUCUGUUCAAGAGGUACCUUAUUUCGGGACCUCAGGCUGCUUCGCCGCAAAGGCAGCUGCAUCAUGGCAAGGCGCAAUUACCUAAGGAACUGGUGGAGCAGAUGCAGGAGGAACGAUUGAAUUGUAAUAACAGUAUGACACGUCAAGCGAUGUCCCAGGGCAAUGAGAACCUAGCUAUCAAUCUCACGCUGCAAUUCCUUUUCAAUGAACUGCGAAAUGCCGAGCGAGUGCGUCUUUGGCUUUACAGGAAGUUGAAUAACGAAUUUAAGGAGCUGUUGACACAGUCGACCACCGGCAAACUGCUAGACAGCGUGAAAUUGAGAGACUUAAACCUUGGUACGCAAUUUCCCACGAUCAAGGGCUUAGAAGUCGCUGACUCGAAGAUCGACGCUGACACGGGUCUGCUGGAGUCUCUAGACUUGGCCUUAGAUUUACAUUACUCAGGGAACUUUCAAUUGUCUAUAGAUGUUAAGAUGCUGCUAGGAAAAACUGCGUACAUGGCGUUGCAAGUGAAAUGUAUCAGCGGUAAAGCUAGGCUACAGUUUACUCGUGUACCGUACACGCACUGGUCUUUAAGCUUCUAUUCGGAUCCGAUCUUGGAGCUGGAAGUGCAGUCGCAGUUCCAAGGCCGUCAAUUGCAGCCGCAGAUAAUUUCGCUCAUUACCAGCCAGAUCAGGCGGGCAGUAAGACGGAAACAUACUCUACCUCGUUACAAAAUGCGCUACAAGCCGUUCUUCCGAAGAUUGAACGACGAGGCCGUGGAUCUCUCAGAGGUCGCCAGUACGCAACUCACUCCGGGAUAUCUAGAGGUCGUGUUACUGGAGAUCAGCAGAUUGAAUAUCACACCCAUCGUACUCAAUAACAGCGAGGACCUCUCCCAGAUGGAAGUGUACUGCAGCAUGAGCGUGGAUCCCACGCCGUGGGUGUAUUUGACACAAUAUAGCGGCGUUCCUUAUAUGGUGCUAGAUCUGAUCAUCAGCAAAACUGGUUCCCAACAGCUGGGCGUGGUGUUCAAGCAAGAGAUCGUGCCAGAGAUUGGCCAAGUGUGCGUGCUGGUGGAAACGAUAGUGUCCGGCAGUCCGGCGGCGAUCGCCGAGAUGAAGAAAGGCGAUAUCCUGGUAGCGGUGGACGGCAAGAAAGUGUCUAAUAUGAAUCAGGUGGCGAAAUUCGUCAAGUCCGCCGUGCAGCGACGCUUCAUCAUCCGAGUGGAGAGACGGUAUUCCAAGGUGGACUUGGAAAGACAAAGCGGCAUAAGGAUGGACAGCGAAAGGGUAUCUUUUACCGAGAGGAAAGCGUCGAAGAGCGAUUCCGUAGGCAGAGUGGACAGUCCGAGCGCGGAGGACGCCGGAAAGAUGAAGUUUGAGACGCAGAUCAAGUUCUCCGACCUGCGAGACUCGGACUGCGAUCUCACGGACAGCCGGUCGGACACUAGCAAGCUAUUCAAAAGAAGAAAGAGCAGCGUGCAAACGGAAGACGCUGCCCAAACGCCUGACACUACGCCGUCUCGACGGAUCUCUACCGUCUCUAUAUCGUCGGCGGCAUCCAGCAGCGUGCAGUUUUAUCUACCUGACGAUAAUUACAGCAUCGCCGAUUUACAUUCUAACACGAGGGAAAAACCGUAUGCCUCUCUAAUCACGUUCGAAGAGACCAAGAGUUUCCGGAUUGAUUCCGAGCUACAAUAUUUGAAUGUGGGAGUAUGGGGACGAGUGAAAGGAGGCGAGGCGCCCUCCAAACUUCUCGGCUACAUCAAUGCACCCAUCAAGUUGAUUUUAGCGCAAUGCUGCACAUCCACGACGGGGCAUUACUUGAAAUGUCACGCACUGCUGCCACCGGAAAGCGCUUCUUUAGCGACAUCCUAUGUAAGACUGCAAGGCUACUCCGGAUUUGACCCGACGCUUUGUUACGGUGAUAUUUUGCUAUCGUACGUUUGGGAAUCUUGUCAACCGAGCGAUCAAGCGAUUAGUGAUGCCGGGAAGAAGGAAAACGCGGAAACUGCUAAAAUUCAACCAAUUCUGAACGAGGAGGUCGCCGACCGGAAGAUGCAUGAUUUUAUCAGGACGCAUUUUCACAGAGCAACGCACUGUGACUUCUGUACGAAGAAGAUAUGGUUGAAAGAUGCGGUGCAAUGUCGAGAUUGCGGUAUGGUAUGCCACAAGAAGUGCGAGGCACGUUGCCAGGCGUCCGGCACUUGCGGUGCGGAGAGUCUGGCUACACUGGCACUGGAGGCUGAUGAGAUCGAGCCGAGUACUAUCAUCGGGGAUAUCGGUCCAGAGAUCUCUCUAACCGGGUGUGAAGAUAACGUACAGGGCGCAAGUAUGAUGGCCGUGAAGGCUAGUAUAGCUAACACUCUGUUGGGCCUGAAGAAGGCUGGAAGUACCAGUUGCCUGGCCCCACCGACUUCCGGUAUCGGUCCGGCAUCUCGAAGUCUUCCCCCAAGUCCCUGUGCAUCCCGCAAGAGUUCAUUGGCCGGAGGUCUGGGAAUAAGUCCUGACCUCUUGGAGGGUGCUGAGCCAAGUGUUGCAGCUCCACUUGUGGCCGGCGACUUGGACGACGGUCUCAUGUCGAGAGCGAAAGACACCGGCAAGUUUCUGCACAAGUAUUUGGAACCGCAAGAGCGCGUGGAGAAGAUCAACGCUAUGAUGGGCAAAUUGAAAAACGCACUAGACGCCGAAACUACCUCAAGACUAGAAUUAUCGCAGAACGGAGAUGCGGACAGCAUGAAAUUGAUCGCGCAGAGCGACUUGCGGGUGCAGGCGUUGAGCGUUCUGCUUCUGCAUUAUUGCGCUGGCUUGCAGCACGCGCAGGAAGCGUUGGACCGACCGGAAGCUGGCAAAGAAUCUUAACAGAAACACGUCUGAUGAGCCACAAUUUAAGACAGACGCAUUCCGAGAGACAAGAAAAUAGAGAACGUGGAAAAUGUAGCGAUAUUUGAUAAUGGAAUAAUAAUCGUUCGUUUUUGCCAUUUCUGUUCGCAAAUCAGCCGCGAUCGAGUUACGUUGAUGUGAUCUUAUAACUAUAUAAUAUUGAUAUGCAUUAUCAUUGUUAUACAUUGCAAUAUCGUUAUUAGAUCAUAUGGAAUACUGCACGGAAAUAUUUGUAUUGUUACGCACAGAAAUAGGGAACAAGUGCUUAACAUUAGACAUUAACAACAGUAUUUAUAAACAUUCUGUUGGCUCGAAUGCCUGAACUUUAUCUAUAUUUUGAUAUCUAUAUCUUAAUAUCUCUUUAAUAUCUAUACUUUAAUCUGUACGUAUUUAUUCGUUCUUUCUCAUUUCCGUCACUUACUAUGUAAUACUUGGGAAUAUUUAUUUAGAAGAACACAUGAUAUAUAUUCGUAAUGUAUUAUUAUAACGUUACGUAACGUUACAUUUUCCAAAAUCAGGAGUCAAGAGAUGUAACGCUAUAAGGAUCAUACAUAUUAUAAGAUUAAGGAGCAACGUAAGGGAUGAGUUGAAAUAUUUCGCCAUAGCUGUUCCAAAGCGUAUUCUACAUUAGUCAAUUGACCGAAUUUUAAUGCUAUUCACGUGAAUGUCGGGUAGGCGAUAUAUAGUUAUCGAUUCAUUCACGGUCGGUUCGAUUUUCAAUCCUGUAAUGGCCAGUCUUCGGUGAAACGGUGCGAGUAAAAUUUUACGAACGUGCUUUUUCCCCGAAGGCUUUGAGAUAAUCUUCUAUAUCUCAUUUUAUUUAUAGAAUUUGAUAUGAACAAUUACUGUCGAAUUUUUCAUAGUUAAUAUAAUUCAUAGUCUAUAUUUUGAAAAUCUAAAAGAAUCUAGAAACUAGUUCUUGACAUUUUUCCGCACUUUGCAGGAUUAAUCGACGUUCUUCGUGUAUAUGUGUGUAUUUUUAUUUUGCGUGUGCACACGUAAAUACGUAAAGAUUUCAUAUAUACGUAAGUGCUUCUAGUAAUUUUAUCGACUCGCGUGUUACAAUUCCGAGCACGUAAUUCAUGCGUAGCCGGAUAAUUCCCAGAGACGUGCCGCAAUGAAAUUGUUCACCAACAGAAAACACCAAAUUCGUUGAAAUUAGUAUUAGUAGAUUAUUAUUAAUUGUACUCAUAGAAACUGCGAGUAUACAUUUUCGCAGCAAUCGAUGCUUUCGUUUACAGAAAAAAAAACGUGCGUUACUACAAAAUUUUCCGUAAAAAUAGCGUGACUCCUCGAAUAUCUAACGCAUAUGUAUGCUUUGUUCAAAAAUAAUUUGAUCGCAGUUUAUAUCGAGGAUUCGCGUGAACCUGAGGAUAUACGAACCGAAGAAGAGGUUGUUAUCUGUAUGCGCAUUUAUGGAACGACUUGUACAUUGUGACGAUGAUCCGAUGAUGCGAUUGCAAAAUGAUUUGUAUCAGACAGCCGUUGAAUAACAAUGCACGAUGCGCGUGCAUUGUGCCAAAACCUGUGUGAUAAAUGGGCACUCAGCGUGAUUUUCCGAUAGUAUUUUCAGACUUAACAUUUUUUCCUAUGGCGAAGUGCGUAUUCAUGCCUCCAUUUAAUCUUUCAAUAUCGAGUCUUUAUAUUAUUAAAAAAGGUUGUGCCAUGAGUCGUUUUAUCACGCUCACGGAUACCCCGAACAUUUUUUCUGGACCUUUUGGGUGGACCAUUCGCGAGAUCUUGACUGACCAGUAACACUAGACAACUGGCAGAACUGAUUUUGAUACGUAUUAUUUUCUAUAUGAAUUAUAUGGCGCUUUUCUGUUCGUACAUAUUUAUCAACUACUAAUUCGCCGCUGAAUUAUAAUCACGUACGCAGAAUAUUUAUCUUAAACGCAGUUCUCUCGUGCUACAAGAUGUGACUACAUGUCUCUUUUCUCAUUUCAUUCGAAACUCGCAGAUGAUGCCAAAUGAUAAAGUUAUAAUUCCAAACAUAUCUAUGUAUCGGAACAACAAAAAAUAUCGAGAAUGACAUAAUAAAUUAUAUAUUUUGUGUCCGCACGCUACAAAUGUAUGUACGAAAGCGCACGAUACUGAGGAGGCUGGAAGCGAAAGGGUUAACGUUGCAUUUAGCGGCAGAUGCGGCUGCCCGAUUUCUCUCUAUUUAUCUAAAAUUGCAGUACAUGCGUCGGCGAUCGGACGACAACAUCGAACGCUAAAUGUGUGGUAUGAAUAUAGACGAUUGUUCAAUCUAUAAUCAAAGAAUUUUACUGCUUUGGCCUAACACGAAUAAUAUCGACGACCACUCGACCAGCGAGAGAAAACAAAUCAUAUACAAACCCGACUGAUGUCUCAAUCGUUCAUAUUGCACUCGAUAGACGAACGAGACAGCUUUCGUAUUAGCGAAAUCCAUCCAUAAGCAGUUCCGCGUGGCGUAAUUUAAGGUGUUGUGCGUCUUGCGAUUGCGAACCGAUAUAUUGUCGCUCAUUGUUAACACAUAUACAUAUAUAUAUAUAUAAAAUGGAUAUAAAAGUGAAUAUAGAUUGUUAAACGAGCAUCAUUCGAUCUCGCACUAUUUACAAUACACUUUAGUGUGUAUCUUCCAUUCACGACUUGUUGGCAUACUUAAAUAUUUAACUGAACAUUGUAGAUCCAUGCUCAGUUUCCACACUAAAAAUCGAUUGUUUGUAAAAUAUAGAUAAAAUACUCUCCUCCCGGAGAUAUUGUAAUCCGAA